AUGCCUUUCGAAACUCAGGAGCCCUGGAAAAGACAGUUCUACAGUAGUACCGAAUGUCCCGAGCAUGUAGUCAUUCCAUUGAAGGACUACAAUGCGUACGGCCCCAAUCCGGUACACCGAUGGGUGUACAAUAAGCUGGAAAUCGCAGAGAAGCAGGGACUGGCGUGUGCACCACAUGGAAUAGCUCCUGAGAAAUUCCCUGUCUUCAGCAAGCCGAUUUACAACAUCAGGAAUCUUGGAGCGGGAACCAGAAUUCUUGAAGACAUGGAAGACUACCGUGAGCACUGCUCGUCAGGACAUAUGUGGUCAGAGCUUCUUGAAGGUGACCACAUCAGCACUGACGUGGCGGUUCUCGACGGAAAAGUAGUCUGGCUAUCCCACACGCUGGGCAUUCCCUCUGGCGGCGGCACCUUCGACAGAUGGGAAGUCAAUAUCGCUGUACCACAGCAGGACGAGCGAACACUCGUGGAUUUUAUAGAGCUACACUUGCCAGACUACAGAGGCAUGCUCAAUGCCGAGAUGAUUGGUGGAAAGAUCAUCGAGAUGCACCUGCGCUUCACAGCUUAG